AUGUUCUUCCGCCAAAGCAUGUUGUUCACCAUCAUCGUUCUCUGGAACCGAACCGAAUCGGCUCUCGAUAACGAUAGCAAGACGCAUGCUGUAGCUCACAACCACAGCAGUAGUUCACGCCUGAACGAGAACCCGCUUGAUGGCCAAACACACUUGGAGCCCCAGGAAUCAGCUGCUGUAAAAGCUGCCAACCUCGCGGACCUGAAAGAUGAAGAGAGGGGCAUCUUUUCUAGCAUAAGCGCCCUAUGGAGGGAUCCGACCAUACUGGCUGUGAAAAACUACUUGCUGCAACGGCCCCGCCCCGAUACCGCUUUUGAAAUUCUGGGCAUCGGUAAAGGUGACGGUAAUCUCGAGGCCGAUAAGAAGUUGAAGAUCUGGCUCAAGUAUGCACGGAAGUAUAGACAGUCUGCAGAUCGGGAAGGUUGGUACAAGCCUGAAAAGGUGUUUUCCUUGCUGGUGAAAACCUAUCAGAUAGACACAGUGUUGUACUGGUUCAAAGCACGCGGUAUGCAUGCAGAUGCGAACAAGUUACAUGACAUGCUGUCAGAAGACUCCUCAGCUUUGCGCCUGUCGAUGGAUCAGCAGUGGCUGGACUCGGAAACAAGUCCUGAUGUAGUUUUUGAGCUUCUGGGCGUCGGCCAAAAGUCUCUCCUGCGGGACCCGAACGCCUUUCACUGGAUUCAGUAUUGCGAUCGGUUCAGGCAGAGGUACGGUGAUCACACGUUUUCUGUUGAGAAGAUAUUGCAAUCUUUGCGGUAUACGAAUUCGCUCGGCCAUCCGAUUUUGACCUCAGCAUUUCUUCAUAUGGUCGAGGACUGGAAUCGGAAGCUGAAGUGGCUCACCUUGGAGAUGCAGGAAGCACUGCACAAGGAAAUGAUUGAAAAAGAGAUGUCGCCUAUAUUGGCCUAUUUUGCGAUACCAAGGGUAGAUGGAAAGUACGUGAUGGACCUCCCUACGUCGGAUCCAUGGUAUCGUGCUUUGAAAGGCUUUACGUUGGCAUAUGCACGCAGCAUAGGCAGAUACGAAGAUGCGCUACGCUACUUUGACCACGAGAAGCCAAACAACACCGUCCAAUUCUUGCGAUUGAUCAGCCAACGUUUAAACCGACCGCAAAAAAAGGAUUAA